CACUAAAAAUCCUUACAGUUUGAAGUCAAGAGGAAACAAGUCUUUAUUAUUAGGGUAUUAGAAAGAAAGAACACAAAGGGGAAAGAAAAGGCAUUCAAAUCUCAAAUCCAAAACAAAUGGCUGAAAGCAAAGAGAUUCCUUCUCAAUACGAUGUUAAUGCAAAGUGGGAUGCGUAUCUUGAUUUGGGUGUUCGUCGAUUUGCAUACUCCUCUGCCACCGGCGCUCUUGCUGGCCUCCUCCUCUUUCGUUCCCCUGUUACUCGCUGGGUAUCGGUUGCUUUUGGUGCAGGGGUGGGUAUAGGAUCUGCGUACUCAGAGUGCUCUCAGAAAUUUGAUGGGGCCGAGACACUUGUUUCUAAGGAUGGACGGUGCUGAAUUAGGUUCCUGCAAUAAGAAUCAAACUUUUGACGCAGAUUGACGAUGACGAUGGUAAUCAACCACAAAAGAAUUUGAUUAGCAAUUAACUUUGUUGGCUUUGUAGCUGCAAAUCUUUUCAUCUCAAUAUGAAAUGCAAGAUUAAUAAUACAUGGUUGCCAUGUGAAUGUUAGUUAUCGGCUUACUAUUUGUCUUUUUGCUUACAUUCUUGAAUUAGUCACGGCAUUCUUUGGAGUUG